AUGUCAGAUCAAGCCAUCAAGAAACAAAAGAUUGAAGAAAGCUUAAAAGUUUUCUUGCGUUCCGAUAAAGCUACCUUACCAACCAGAGGUUCAGCUUUAGCUGCAGGAUAUGAUAUCUACUCAGCUGAAGAUUCUAUUGUUCCUGGACAGGGUCAAGCAUUAGUUUCCACUGAUAUAUCUAUCAUUGUCCCUGUGGGCACUUACGGUAGAGUAGCACCAAGAUCAGGAUUGACCGUCAAACACGGAAUUUCCACUGGUGCCGGUGUCAUUGAUGCAGACUACAGAGGUGAAGUCAAGGUUGCACUUUUCAACCACAGUAAGAAAGACUUCGAAAUCAAGAAGGGAGAUAGAAUUGCCCAAUUGGUUUUGGAGAAGAUAGUUAACGCUGAAAUCAGAGAAAUCACCCAAGAAGAAUUAGUAACUACUGAAAGGGGUGAAGGUGGAUUUGGUUCCACUGGUAAAUAG